AUGAUAUACGCGGCUUCAUGCUCAGCAUUGUGUGCAACGCGGAACGUGCUGCUACAAAUUUCGUCAGGGAUCAAGCAUUUACACCACUUACGCAUUGUGCAUCGAGACCUGAAGCCUGCCAAUAUCUUGCUUGCGGAUGCGAAAGUAGGGAAACGCAAACGCAGCGUAAUGGCGCUGCGACUACCAUCUGAUGCAAGCGUCCGUUCGGACGGGAGCAGUGCGCUAAACGAAUCAUACCCAGAUAUUUCUUCUUUGGAUGUGAACCCAAACGCGCGAACCAGUCGGUCCGUCGAUAUUUUUUCUUUGGGUUGCAUCUUUUAUUCUAUGCUGAUUCCUGGCUCGCAUCCAUUCGGAGAAUGGUACGAGCGCGAAGCAAAUAUUAUGCACAACCGGCCAAAUACACGGGCAUUGAAGGAACUGUCUGUUGAUGCGCACGAUCUCGUCCAGCGUAUGAUCCAGAGAAUUCCAAGUUCACGUCCGACGGCGAAACAGGUUUGCGAGCACCACUUCUUUUGGAACGCCCAACGGCGGCUUUUGUUUCUGUGCGAUUUUUCAGAUCGACUAGAAACCGAAGGCAUGAUGGGAGAGGAAUCUUCAUCUCCCUUCCUUACGAAAAUGUUGGCGAUCGAAAGCAACGCUUCUAGCGUGGUCGGUACGGCCUGGGAUAGUACGCUUGAUUCCGAGUUGGUGAACAACGUCCAACGCUUUCGCACGUACGAUCCGUCAUCGAUUAGAGACCUAUUGAGGCUGAUCCGCAACAAGCACCAUCAUUUCGAUGAGCUUCCAGAGCGUUUGAGGCUCGAAAUGGGAUCAAACACGGAUGGCUUAAUGAACUAUUUUGAUCGCAAGUUUCCAAAACUCUUGGCACAUUGUUUUAAUAUUUGCAGGAGUCUGUUCCCAUUAAAUGACUCAUUUGCAAUGAAAUAUGAUGUAACG